GGAGGUCCUUCAGUAAAACAGUAAUGGCGGCGCUGUACAGCAGAUCCAGACUGAAGCUCCUGCUCAGAUCAGCUCUCCACCUCUCUAACAGGACCCUCACAGGUUCAGGAGGGAAGUUUGAUUAUGAUCUGUUGGUGAUCGGAGGCGGUUCUGGAGGACUGGCCUGUUCUAAAGAAGCGGCUCAGUUGGGGCAGAAGGUGGCGGUUCUGGAUUAUGUGGAGCCGUCAGUGAGAGGUACUAAAUGGGGUCUGGGGGGGACGUGUGUGAACGUUGGCUGUAUCCCGAAGAAGUUGAUGCACCAGGCGGCUCUGCUCGGUUCUGCUGUAAAAGACGCUCAGAAAUACGGCUGGCAGAUCCCUCAGCCCGUCUCGCACGACUGGGCGACUCUGGCUGAAUCUGUACAGAAUUAUGUGAAAUCGUUGAACUGGGGUCACAGAGUUCAGCUGCAGGACAGGAAGGUGAAGUAUAUGAAUAUGAAGGGUAGUCUGGUGGAUGAUCACACAGUGAGGUGUUUGAGCUCCAGAGGAAAGGAGAUGACAGUGACUGCCAGGAACAUCCUGAUAGCCACGGGUGGACGACCAAAAUACCCCACACACGUUCCGGGAGCGCUGGAGUUUGGGAUCAGUAGUGAUGAUCUGUUCUGGCUUAAAGAGACUCCAGGAAAAACGCUUGUGGUUGGAGCCAGCUAUGUGGGGUUGGAGUGCGCCGGAUUUCUCACAGGUAUCGGACUGGAGGCCACGGUGAUGGUGCGCAGCAUCGCCCUCCGGGGGUUCGACCAGCAAAUGUCCAGGUUGGUGACGGACUACAUGCAGGGUUACGGGACGCGGUUCUGUUGGGACUGUGUUCCUAAGAAGGUGGAGAAGCUCCCGUCAGGACUCCUGCAGGUCACCUGGACCGACAGCAGGACUGGACAGGACCAUCAGGACACCUUUAACUCAGUGCUGUGGGCUGUAGGUCGAGCUCCAGAGACCGGGACUCUGAACCUGCAGCAGGUGGGGGUGGAGCUGGAUGGAGAUACGAGGAAAGUGAUGGUGGCAGAUGAUGAGAGAACGUCUGUACCGAACAUCUACGCCAUCGGAGACAUCGCUCAGGGUCGUCCUGAGUUGACCCCUACAGCUAUUCAUGCAGGUAAGCUCCUGGCCCGGAGGUUAGCGGGUCUCUCCAGUCAGCUGAUGGACUACAGUAACGUUCCCACUACAGUAUUUACUCCACUGGAAUACGGUUGUGUCGGUCUGUCAGAAGAAGAAGCUGAGAGAAGAUACGGCAAAGACAAGAUAGAGGUGUAUCAUGCGUUCUAUAAGCCGUUGGAGUUUACUGUAGCUGAGAGAGACUCCAGCCAGUGUUACAUUAAGGUGGUGUGUGAGCGGGAUGGUGAUCAGAAGGUCGUUGGUUUGCACUUUACUGGUCUGAAUGCAGGAGAAGUGACUCAGGGAUUCGCUCUCAGCCUGCGGUGUGGUUUAUCCUACGCUCAGCUGAGGGACUCCGUCGGCAUCCACCCGACCUGCGCCGAGGAGCUGACCAAAAUCUACAUCACCAAACGCUCCGGACUCGACGCCACCGUCACCGGCUGCUGAGGUUAAACACCCCCUUCCCUUAAACACCACAAACACACAGACCCCCCCAGAGCUAUCACUUAUACACAGUGCUGAAUCCAACACUUAUACUGCGCUAAAAUUACACAGCUCUCCAUUACUACUGUAGAGCAUCAGUAAAACCACUCUACAGUAACUCUGCAGUAACUCUACAGUAACUCUACAGUAACUCUACAGUAACUCUGCAGUAACUCUACAGUAACUCUACCAUAACUCUACAGUAACUCUACCAUAACUCUACAGUAACUCUACAGUAACUCUACAGUAACUCUGCAGUAACUCUACAGUAACUCUACCAUAACUCUACAGUAACUCUACAGUAACUCUACAGUAACUCUACCGUAACUCUACAGUAACUCUAUAGUAACUCUACAGUAACUCUACAGUAACUCUGCAGUAACUCUACAGUAACUCUGCAGUAACUCUACAGUAACUCUACCAUAACUCUACAGUAACUCUACAGUAACUCUACAGUAACUCUACCGUAACUCUACAGUAACUCUAUAGUAACUCUACAGUAACUCUAUAGUAACUCUACAGUAACUCUACCGUAACUCUACAGUAACUCUACAGUAACUCUGCAGGUCUAAAGCGGACCAGAACAUGAAGAUUCUGGUCUUUAAUCUGGUUCUGGUUUUGUCCAUGUUUAUAACCAACACGGUCUCUUAAAGCAUCAGAAACUAUAUAAGCAAGUUUGUUUGUUAGCAUUGAGGCUAAUUGUUCUACAUUAGCUUGCAUUGAUUCUUAGCUAAAGUUUAAAAUUAAUGUUAGCAUUGAAGAUUCAGUGCAUCAGUCCAUCAAUCUGAUCCAAUACGUUUGAUUAUUGAUGGGUAAAUUGGACUUUUAGCAACAAUAAUGCUUUAAAACUUUGCGAUGCUGCUUUGUGUAGAAUACUGCUGCAAUUACCAUCAAUUCCAUAGGGCCCAGGAUAGAGCCUUGUGGGACUCAAAAGUAAAAGUAUACAAUAUUACACGUUAAUUUACAGAUUUUAAUUUUAAUGCAUUUACUUUUGCAUUAAUAUCCUGAUUGUGUUAAAUUAACUGUGUCUUCUGUCCAGGGAAAGCUUUCUACUAGAUUUUAGAACAUUGCUGUCAGGAUCUGAUUGCAUUCAGUAAUGGUAAAAACGUCAAACAAAGAGCAGAAUUAGAUAUUAUAUUCUUUGCUUUAUUUGAAUGGAACUAUGAUCAAUAUCGGGGCUUUAAUCUUUAAUACCAGUCUAGUCCUGAAGGCCAUGGUAACUCUUGCUCUUUCUUACUGAUGAGGUCCUGAUGAGUGCCAGUUCCAUCAUUACGAUUGUUUUGAUGUUCUUUGCUGAGGUUGCAAUUGAAGAAACUUUCAAAGUUCUUGAAAUUCUUCUUCAUUUCAGAUUGAAUGACCUUCUUAAAAGUUUCUUAAAAUCUUUUUAAAUCUUUAUUUAGUUGAGUAGUUGUUGCUUCUCAUAAUCUGGAUUCGAACAUUACUCAAAUAUUCACUAUUCACUGUAUACCUGUAACUCUACCUCUUCACUACUUUACUUUAACUGAUGCUCUCAAACUUUACAUUAAGAGACAAGAAAUUCAAGUAAUUAACUCUUGAUGAGUUCAGCACAGCUGUUAACUGAAAUUCCAGGUGACUCAACCUCAUAAAGUUGAUAAAGAGUUUUAAGAGUUCAGAAAUCAAUAUUUGGUGGAAUAACCCUGGUGGUUUUUAAUCACAGUUUUUUUUUCAUGCAUCUUAGCAUCAUGUUCUCCUCCACCAGUCUUACACACUGCUUUUGGAUAACUGUAUGCUGCUUUACUCCUGGUGUAAAAAUUCAAGCAGUUCAGUUUGGUGGUUUGAUGGCUAGUGAUCAUCCAUCUUCCUCUUGAUUAUAUUAUUUUUUACAGAGCUGUAUAUGUUUUUCAUAGUUUUCAUAGUUUGGAUAAGUUUAGUAUUAAUCUACAGUGCCAGACAAUUUAGAAAAUAUGUGCAUUUUUUAUUACUUUAUUCACAUUCGCCUAUUAUUAUCUGAUUCAUAUAUAUAUUAAAAUCAACGCCUGAUUGAAAAAUCACAUAGAAAUGUUGUAAAAGCUGCAGUGUUUGGUGUACUCUGCGCGAGUUGGAUUUUAUGGUUUUGGAGACGCAGUGACUUUUUUAAAAUCUACGAACAAACAAACAAAGCUCUCUAAAUAAGAUGUUAACUAAAGAACCAGGGUUCUAGAUAACCCGAUAAGCCCCGGCGCUGGAGUCCGGCGGGUCUCAGAACCGAAGCGUUUGCUAAACAGGGUCAUAAAUCAGGAUUACGCCUCUGAAACGAGAGCCGCGGGAGAAAGCGUCCCUAAUGUUUCUGAAAUAUAUUCUAUAAAUAUUGUUGUUACUGCGGCUGUACUUCCUGUCCAUUACUCACGCGCCGCCGCCGACACUGAUGGAUGAGACGGCGAGGAGGACAAACACUCGCCCAGGAGCCUGUCCAUCACGCGAGAGCGCCUUUCCCCCAGAGCGCGAGAGACACAGAGAAAACAUACACUCACAUAUAUACGAAUACAGAGAUACAGAGCCAUAACAUUACGACCGAACACAUUAUUACAUGAUGAUAUUCUUAUUUUGUUUUUUGUUUAGCUUUAGAACACUUUUGUACAAUUUUAUAGUUCUAUACGUACAGUAUAUAAUCACACACAUGAUAAUUUAUUUAUAUACAGUAAACUAGACGUUUAAUCCACAUGUACUGUAUUUUUCACGCUAUAAGGCGUUAUGUGACACUAGUAAGGAACAGGGGUGUCGCCAUGUUUCCCUUCUAAUGUUGGGAACUGUAAAGCUAAGCUAAGCUAAACAAAGAAACACCUCCCAUUCUGUGGGAUACCAAACCAAUCACCUAGCAACACCACAUCAACCAUCGAACAAUACUGCAGAAAAAACAGUGACACCAUUUCAACCAUCUACUGCAGCCACCUACUGCUACUAUAGCAACUACUUACUAAACACUUGGCGACACUGUAACAAUUAGAUUUUUAGAUACAACAACUACCCUGUAACACCAUAUCAACCAUCUAGCCAACACUCAAAUUAAUUUUAGUUAACAUUUUCGUCCUGCCAAAAUACGUGUGUGUUGUGUAUUAAUGAAUGGUUAUAGGAAUUAAUUAUUCUAAACAAAACGGUAAUUCUUAAAAAAAUAAACAUUUUCAGAUGAGUGAGAAAAGUUAAUCGAGUGCUGGAUGUUAAUCUACACAGAUUUCUCUUCUGAAAGCUGUUUAUUUAUUUAUUUGGGUGAGUAAAGCACUUCCUUUUAUUUACAGUAAGAUUAGACUUCCAAAUUUCUCCAGCACUAAGGCUGGAGCAUUAGCAUUAGCCGCUAACCGCUAGCCGACAUAGCUUGUUUUAACACGGUAAACACGCAGACUACAGUCCGAUAUACUCACCUCUGUAUGGUGAAAGACUAGCACCUACUGCAGUUAGCAGCUAAUGCUAAUGCUGCUCCAGCAGUGCUACCCGGGGUUAGCAUCAAGCAACAGGCCAAUAAUACUUCACCUCUGAACUGUGAAAGAGCUAGCGCUUAGUGCGGUUAGCAGCUAAUGCUAAUACUGCUGCAGAAUUAGGAUUUAAAGUGCGCUUUAUAGUUUGAAAAUAUGGUAUAUAUGUCACAUAUAUCAUAUCUUUAGCCAAUCGUUCUUCACUCUCACACUGUUGUGUGAAGUAAGUAGUUUGACAGUGAACUAUAGUGUUUACUCCCUUAUUUAUCUGUAAUUAACUGUAGUGCAGAAACUGUUGGUGAACUGUUGGUUGAUAGAGCAGAUCUUUUGGCGUUCCACAGGGUUUUAGUGUAGGACCAAUGAAACUUUAUAAUGUUAAUAAUGAUAAAACUGUAGUUCUGAGAGUGAAGGACUGAAGUGUAGAUUAUAUACAGAUACUAAUACAGGCUAAAAACUAAAUACUACAUUACUUUACUCUAAUAUAUCGCCUUUAUAGCGGCUUUAUUUUGCUAUUUAUAGGUUUAUGUUUGAGUAAAAUGAACAUUGUUGUUUUAUUCUAUAAACUACAGACAACAUUUCUCCCAAAUUCCAAAUAAAAAUAUUCUCAUUUAGAGCAUUUAUUUACAGAAAAUGAGAAAUGACUGAAAUAACAAAAAAGAUGCAGAGCUUUCAGACCUCAAAUAAUGCAAAGAAAACAAGUUCAUAUUCAUAAAGUUUUAAGAGUUCAGAAAUAAUCAAUAUCUGGUGGAAUAAUCCUGGUUUUUAAUCACAGUUAUAAUUUCAUGCAUCUUGUCAUCAUGUUCUCCUCCACCAGUCUUACACACUGCUUUUGGAUAACUUUAUGCUGCUUUACUCCUGGUGUAAAAAUUCAAGCAGUUCAGUUUGGUGGUUUGAUGGUUUGUGAUCAUCCAUCUUCCUCUUGAUUAUAUUCCAGAGGCUUUUUUAUUUGGUAAAAUUAAAGAAAAUCAUCAUUUUUAGGUGCUCUUUUAAAUCAGUAUUUGUGGUAUAAGUUGCACCUGAGUGAUGGCGGCUGAUUCAGUGCUGUUUUUGUGUAAAAGUGAAGCACUGCCCUCUGGAUUGACCCGGGCUGCAUUCAUCACGCGGGGCUAAUCACCGGAGUAGCGACAGCACUGUUUGUUAAUAAGAUUCAUUGGCGCGCUCGACUCCGUUUCGACCGCUGUGUAACAAAAGCCGAUUGGCCGAUGGUUAAUGGCGGCGCUGCUCGUGUUUUCGUGUUUGUUUUACUGAACUGAACUCUGUAUUAAUCCAAGCGGAGAUACUGACGUUAAUUCAUUAACUGCUUUAAACCAAAUAAAUGAUGCUUUUUUAAACCUG